AUGGGUGAAUUAAAAAAACAGAAAUUUCCUACAGGCACUUAUUUCAUCCUGUGGAAUCUAUUUUUUGAUAGAUUCUCAGCUGGUGGAUUUAUGGUGAUUCUUGCAAUUUAUUUAAAUCAAAAGCUCAAUUUCGAUCCAAGCACAGCAACAGCACUUUAUUCUGUCAAUGAGUUUUGCCUUUACUUUUUCUCAAUUGUUGGGGCUAUUAUCGCUGACUGCUACUGGGGAAUUUAUAAAACACUUACUGGGAUGUCAAUACUAAUUGCAUUUAGUGGUACAGUUGUGUCAAUUGCAUCUAUGGAUUUACCAUUCUUUAACAUUCGAGUAAUGUCAUUAAUUGGUCUCAUAUUUACCAUGAUUGGAGCUGGAUGUGUUAAAACGAGCCAAAAUGUCUUUGGUGGAAAUCAAUUUAAACUGCCAGAGCAGUCAGCACUCCUGGAUUAUUACUUUUCAAUGCAUUAUUUUGCCACAAAAUUUGGACAAGUCGCUGGAAUGAUUUUUGUUCCAAUUUUAAGAGAAGACGUGAAAUGUUUUGGACAAAAUGAUUGUUAUCCUGUAGCUUUUGGUGCUCCAACUAUGGCCAUUUCUGUAGCUUUUAUGAUUUUGCUGCUUGGAAAGAAGAAGUUCAUUCAUGUCCCUCCAGCUGAUGGAAAUGCAGUAAUCAAUGUUUUCAAGUGUAUUAUGUAUGCUAUGAAAAAGAAACUCCUAGCAAUAAGUUCAUCUAUUACAAGAGAUCACUGGCUUGACUUUUCAGAAAAGAAGUUUGGUCCGGAGCUUGUUAAAGAUACAAAAAAUCUUCUCAAUGUUUUAACGAUGUUUGCUCCACUGCCAGUUUACUGGGCCCUUUUAUCACAACAAGCAUCACGUUGGGUCUUUCAAGCUACAAAAAUGAAUGGUGACAUUGGAUGGUACACGAUUAAACCUGAUCAGAUGAUCGUUCUCGGACCCUUAUUUACAAUCAUAUUGAUUCCGAUGUUUAACAAAUUUAUUUUCCCAAUUCUCGCGAAAUUUGGAAUUAGAUCAUCAUUACAGAAGAUGGGCUGUGGGAUGGUGUGCGCUUCAUUUUCCUUUGUCAUUUCAGCAUACGUUGAAUUUAAAAUUAGUCAAGGCUCGAUUUCGAUUCUUUGGUUAUUUCCACAAUACUUAAUGGUCGCAAUAUCAGAAGUUCUUCUUUGGGUUGCGAAUGUUGCUUUUGCAUAUACACAAUCACCACUUAAUAUGAAGUCUGUUAUAACUUCAUUUGCUUAUAUGUCGGCUGCGGGCGGAAGUGUAAUUGUCUUUACAAUUAGUGGACUGCGACUUUUUGACUCUUUGGUCAAUGAGUUUUUGUUUUAUGCCUUUUUGAUGUUUAUUGUCACAAUUUUUUUUGUAUUCCUAGCCAAGCGUUAUAAGUAUCGUGAUUUAAACAUUAUAGAAUUGGAUGAAGAAAAUACACAGAAAAUUUAG